AUGAACCCUCGAGACAAGAUUUCGAGCCAACACCAAUCUGGCAUGGGGGCUCGAUCUGGGAAUUUCAUCGCUACUGGGCAACAAGCAUAUCAUGUUGGUGCAUCUGGGCCCCUCGUGGAUGUUAGUAACCACGGCGGUGCUUCGGGACGACAGAGCAAUGCUGCACCCCAGCAUCGCUUUAAUGGUAAGCAUAAUUCGUCUAUGAAUGAGUUCUUGACUGUGCAGGAGUCGCGAGUGAGCGGCUUUCUUCAACAUUCUGCACAGCAGAUAGACAUGCAGCGGUCCGCCCUCCAACACGUGGCGAACCAUCUCUCCUCCACUGCUACCAAUAUUGGACAAAGCAUAGCCCAGUGGAUGGGACAUCCAGCUUCAGAGCGAGCAGCCGACUUGUAUCAAGAGCUUGAGAAGUCUCGCGGUCGGCAGAUUGAUGCUGAUAACCAGUACCGACAACUGAAGGACGAGUAUCAGGCCUUGGAGAAGCGGCUGCAAGACUCCAACACCGAGCUUGAGAAUGCUAUCAGGGAGCGGGACGAGAAACGACUACUCGCCGAGAGUGCCAACUGGACAGGUUCGACAAAGGUAUCGGAUGAUGCUAUUCAGAGCAUGUGGAAGCAGCUUGGAUAUAACAUUCGGGCCAUGAGCAGAUCUUUGGCCAAGUGCCAGGUUCGCCGUCCCCAGAACGAUGACAUUAGAAACCGACUGUCCAUGGCCGUGCCACGCUGGAACAAGUUAUUGCUCAACGAUGAUCACAAAGAGUUCGUCAUCAGCGCUUAUCUGUGGGCCAUUGUAGCAGAGAUCAUUGAGGAAGGCAGUGAGAUUAUGGGAGGUGAUCACGGAAUGAACUUCAAAGCGAUCCGGGCUGAAUUCAUUGGGGCUGCUCCCGAGGGAGACAAACCUUCAGGCCGUGGUCCAACUCUCCGCCAUGUUGCACGAUGGGCUGCACAAGGUGCAGCCUUGUUUGGACAUUUUUUUGUCCGCAACGAGCAAGCAUUCAGGAUCCGAGCAGCUUGGGAGAUCGAGGGGCUGAAAGCUUUCAUGGCUUUCCCUAAAGACAAACCAAGCGCUGACCUCCUCCAGGAGAUGAAGGCUAUCAUUGAUACUGCGCUAGAGCUAGACGAGAUGUUGAUGAACUCCAAAGCAAUAUUCACCAUCCGCCGACCCGAGAGCGACGGCUCGAAGAACCAGCGAUUCGAUGCAACAGAAAUGGAAGCCUUUAUACAGGGCAAAGACUUGUCGUCAAAGACUGUUGUUGAAUUUGCCAUCUCGCCCAUGCUCAUCAAGAUGGGCAACGCCGAUGGCUGCAACUACGACAGCCGCAUGGUUGUUUGCAAAUCUUUGGUUGUAUGCCGUUAA